AGUUCGUGUAUUAACUCAACUGUACAGCUGAAUCUCAUUCAGCCUUUUUGUGUUUAAAGAUCUCAUUUUUUAUACCAAAUGAACAGCUUGACUUUGAGCGUGAGUCGGGUACGUCUUUCUUGUCUGUUACCCAGGCGGACUUCACUCAGUCAGAGACGCUAAUGCAAAUGAUGGGUGGGGCUAUGUGGUGAUGUCAACAAAGGUGAGAGGUGCCGACAGCAGGCGUGCAGUUUACGCAGCUCCUCCAUGGUGCUGUCACUCUUAACAGCUGACAAGAUCUACGGCUUUCAAAGCCUUCCAUAAACAUUUUGGGAAUUUUUCAGCAGACAGACAAUAAGGCCUAACAAUGGCAAACUUUGGAGGACACGCCAUUCCCGGAUCUUUUUUCUUGCUCCUCGGCUUCUGGCUCACAGUCAAACACAUUCUGCAACACCACUGGAGGACCAGUCAGCCCAAAGCCAGGAGGGUCAUGCCGUCUUUAUUUCGAAAACUGGACUACAUCGAGGGAGGCUGUCUGAUCUUCGCCUCUUUUGUCGGUGUGAUGGUGGAACAGUUUGUGGUGGACGGGCCGCACGCCCGCCUUUACGACACAGAGAACAAAUGGUGGGUGAAGCUGAUGAACUGGCAGCACAGCACCAUGUACCUGUUCUUUGGGAUCUCUGGGAUAGCGCUGGUCGCCGCCACUGCGUCCAAACAGGUGCCGGCCGGCGUGGACCGCCUUGCUCUGUCCUUGGCCCUGUUCGUGGAAGGCUUCCUGUUCCACUACCACUUGCACAACCGGCCCCCUCUGGACGCUCACAUCCACUCCCUGCUGCUCUUCGCUGUGUUCAGUGGGUCGGCCAGCACCAUGCUGGAGGUGUUCAAAAGAGACAACGUCGUUCUGGAGCUGCUCAGGGCGGGCCUGUUCUUCCUGCAGGGCUCCUGGUUCUACCAGAUCGGAUUCGUUCUUUACCCACCGAGCGGCCCCCAAUGGGACCUGACGCUGCACGACAACAUGAUGUUCGUCACCAUGUGCUUCUGCUGGCAUAUAGCUGUGGCCAUGCUUUUAGUCGCCGGCAUCUCCUCUGCUGUCUUGUUCACGGUGAAGCGGUUCUCGGGGAGGGGACAGGACAUGGAGAUCGGAAUGCGAAUCACAUCCUCCAAAUCAAACUCCCAGAAGGCUUUGCUAGAAGAGUCGGAUGAAGAGUGACUGCAUGGUUAUUGUUCUUUGAAGACCAAGUCUGCUGUUUGUACAAAGUAUUUAGAUCUUUUGUGUGGUUAAAAAAAAUAUAUAAUUGGUUAAUAUGGUCUCUUAAGAAUUUCAAAAGCAAUAUGAACUGAAAUGAAUGGCUCAAAUGUAUCAACUGGGAUCAAAUAAAAUACACGGAAUAAGGGAACAAAAAUGUAUUAAAACAAAUCAACAAGCCACAACAUUCAAAUAGAUCA